AUGGAGUCUCCGGUCUCCACGCCAGCUCCUCCUCCGCUCCACCCCCUCGUCUCGGGGUCUGGCAGCGACAUCUCGUCCCCCUGCGAGCAGCUGAUGGUCCGGACGCGCUCGGUGGCCGUGAACACAGCCGACGCCGCGCUCGCCACGGAGCCAGAGUGCCUGGGACCCUGUGAGCCAGGCACCAGCGUCAACCUGGAGGGCAUCGUGUGGCAGGAGACGGAGGACGGCAUGCUGGUGGUGAACGUCACCUGGAGGAACAAGACGUACGUCGGGACCCUGCUGGACUGCACCAGACAUGACUGGGCCCCCCCGAGGUUCUGCGAGUCUCCCAGCAGUGACGUGGAGAUGCGCGGCGGUCGAGGUCGUGGGAAGCGGAUUCGACCCGGCAGCAACACGCCGCUCAACGACAACAGCAACUCCUCCGACAACAAAGGGAGCGGCAGCAGUAAGACGCGCGGUGGCGGCAGCGCGGCGGCGGCUAACAGCAAAGGGCGGCGAGGCAGCCAGACGGCCAUGUUGGGAGGAACUGAAGCUAGUCCAUCUUCCAACAAGAGGAAAAACAAACCCGCGUCCGACAUGGAACCAACUUCCAGCUCCGAGGACACAAAGGCCUCUAAACGAAUGAGGACAGACUCCACCGGUAACGCUCUCCCACUUCCUGGAGGGAAACCGGAUUCCCUUCCUCCUCCAAUGUUGGAUUGCCCCUCCCCCGUCCUCAUCGACUGCCCUCACCCCAACUGCAACAAGAAGUACAAGCACAUGAACGGGCUGAAGUACCACCAGGCGCGGGCGCACAACGACCACGAGGUUCAGGACGUGGACAGCGAGUACGGGGACGAUGUUUUAACCCACUCUGACGCUCCGGGUUCUUGUAACGGAGCCGCCGCCAUUUCUCCCGCUCGCUCAACGACUCCUAAAGGACGGGGGUUCGACGCGCCUUCGCCCUCGCCGGGAAGGAUGAAGGUGAGGAAGAAGGAGGCGGAGAUGGAGGCGGAGUUGGAGGAGGAAGGGGCGUGUCUUACGGACGAGGCAAGCAACGACGGGUUGGACGACAGGAAGUCCAGGAAGACGACGGGGGGCGGGAAACCUGAUAAAGUGACUCAGAAAGGCGUAAAACCCGGACGUCCUUCCGCCGCCUCCCCUUCCCCUUCUUACGCCUUACAGAACACUUCCCCCGCCUCCUCCGUGGUGCAGCAGCCAAUCCCCAAGAGCUCCGCCUCCAGCCCCGGCCCCACCCCCACCAAGGACAAGAAGAAGAAGAAGAAGAGGGAGGGAGGCAGGGAGGGAGGCAGGGAAGGAGACAGUCCUAAAGGGAAGGGAGGAGGGAAUAGAGAGGAGGACUCUCCGGACUUCCUUCUGAACGGAUCGGAGCAUCAGAAUCGUUUGGCGAGCAUCAAAGCGGAGGCGGAUAAGGUUUACAGUUUCUCCGACACGGCGCCCAGCCCCUCGCUCGGCCGGGGGGAGGGGGGGAACCUGAACGGGGCCGAAACAGGAAGCCCCGCCUACUCGGACAUCUCCGACGCCGGGGAGGACGGGGAGGCGAGGACGGGGGAGGUGAAGGUGAAGACGGAGCCCGACCAGGCGCCUCGAGAAGGUGCUAAGAAGACCCUGUUCCCCCCCCAGCCGCCCGGGAAGGAAUACUACCCAAACUACGACUCGUAUUACUCCCCCACGUACCCCAACGCCAGCCCCGCCGCACCCCCCCUCAUGGAGGGCGUCCAGGUGAAGAAGGAGGAGGAGUCGGAGGUGGAGCCUCUGGAGGACAGGAAGCUGGACCCUCAGCAGCCGUCUGUGAUCCAGCCGCGCUCCAACAUGUACGCACAGCAGCUUUACUACAACCAGUACUACGUGCCCCCCUACUCCUACCCCCCCGACCAGAACUACCACGCCCACCUGCUGGCCUCCAACCCCGCGUACCGACAGCAGCACGACAACAAGAAGGCCUCGCUGCCCCCCCCCACGCUCUCCAGAGCCCCCAGCCUCUCCGACCUGGGGGGCAGCAAGGGGGGCCCCAAGCCAAAAGAGCCAAGAGAGCCAAGAGAGCCAAGAGAGCUGAAGGAGCCUAAAGAAGCCCCCCAGGCCACUGCAGAGGGCAAAUCUGUGAUCAUGUCGAAAGGCGAGGAGCAGAAGGUCCCGCCUCCUCCAGCCGCUGCCGUCCAACCAGAAGGCCUGAAGAUGAAGCUGAGUGAAGCAGGGCAUCAUGGGAAAGAAGAGGGGGGGAAACAGGGAGGAGUGGAGCCCGCCAUGUGGUACAGACAGGAGCCGGACUCUCGCCUCUGGCCCUAUGUUUAUCCCAACAAAUACCCAGAAGCCCCGAAGCCUCAGGAGGAGGAAAGAGAACGAGAGAGAGAAAGAGAGAGGGAAAGGAAAGGAAAGGAGGAGCGAUCGAGACCUAAAGAGCACCAGAAGGAGAAGGAGGAGGUGAAGGAGGAGGUGAAGGAGGGUGAUCACCGAGGGGGGGGUAAGGAGGCGCGCCCCCCGCCCCCUCCCCAGAUGCAGUUCUCCUCCCCUAUGCCCCAGCAUCACCAGGGUUACCUGCCCUACAUGCCGGGGCCGUACGCCUACAGCCACGGGUACGAGGGAGCGGGGCACCCGGGGUUCAGAGGCCUGCCCUCCGUCAUGAUGCAGAACUACCCCGGCUACCUGCCGGCCGGCUACUCGUUCCCUUCCUACGGGGGGAAGGCUGCGGGGGGGGAGGAGGGGGAGAAAGCCUCCAGGUCCAGCCCCACCGUGAAGCCCCCCCCCGCAGAGAACAAAGCUCUGGAGCUGCUGCAGCAACACGCCAGCCAGUACAAGAGCAAAUCCCCCUCAGUGCAGGACAACAAGCCCCAAGAGAGGGAGAGGGAGGGACCCCGGAACUCCCCCUCCCAACGCAUGCUGCCCUCCCACCAUCACCUGGGGUACCCUCUGCUGGGGGGGCAGUACGACCUGUCCUACGCCUCAG